CCAGGGAAACCUCCUCAGAGCCUGCAUCCCGCCACGCGCCAGCAUGUCUGGGGGCAAAUACGUAGACUCAGAGGGACAUCUCUACACUCUUCCCAUCCGGGAACAGGGCAACAUCUACAAACCCAACAACAAGACCAUGGCAGACGAGGGGAACGAGAAGCAAGUGUACGACGCGCACACCAAGGAGAUCGACCUAGUCAACCGCGACCCCAAGCAUCUCAAUGACGACGUGGUCAAGAUUGACUUUGAAGAUGUGAUUGCAGAACCAGAAGGGACACACAGUUUCGAUGGCAUCUGGAAGGCCAGCUUCACCACCUUCACUGUGACGAAAUACUGGUUUUACCGCUUGCUGUCUACCCUCCUUGGCAUUCCGAUGGCUCUCAUCUGGGGCAUUUAUUUUGCCAUUCUCUCUUUCCUGCACAUCUGGGCAGUUGUGCCAUGCAUUAAGAGCUUCCUGAUUGAGAUUCAGUGCAUCAGCCGUGUCUAUUCCAUCUACAUCCACACCUUCUGUGACCCGUUGUUUGAAGCUGUUGGCAAAAUGUGCAGCAAUAUCCGCAUCAGCCUGCAGAAAGAAAUGUAAAUGACAUUUCAAGGAUGAAAGUAUUCCUGGGGUUUUUCCUUUAAUUUUUCUUGGUGCCAAUUUCAAGUUUCAAGGUUUUACUACAGCAACAAAUUAUGAAUGAUUUAUCUUGGUUCAGAACAAAGAAAUCACUUUCUCAGUGUUUAUAACUAUCAUUUGUCUCUUCUGAGCACAUCUAUUUUUGAUGGUCUGAAACUUUUAAACCCAUUCCAAUUUUAUUGGCUGAAAGCUGAACAGAUUGUUGAAAGAUAUUUUGAGAGAAACAUGAAGAACUAAGGAGGGAAUAAAAGAGAACCAACAACUUCAACUGCCUACUCUAAAAUGUUGAUUAUAUGAUAGAAAGGCAAGAAUUCCCAGCUAUGGCUAUGAGUGUACAGAUAUGUUGGGAAGAUUUUAUGCAAACACUUUCCCUCUAUCUAAGGAAUUAGUGAGUUACUGCCAUUCAUCUUAAUAAUCCAAUGUGAUCUGGUAAAGCUUCUCAAGUUAGGAAUCAUUAUCCUCUGCAUUCACAGGUCCUCACUUCUGCUUUCCUCUCCUUGAUAUUUUAACAAAUACUUUCUAUGCCUGAAUAUUUGCAUAGAUAACCGAGACCUAAGUGCCUUCCUAUUUUUCACCUUUUCCUUUUCAAAUAGGGUCUAACUCAUCAACUAUCAUUAGGUCAGCAGCCUCUCUGAAGAUUGAAAUUAGAAGAUCCAUUACCUAGCUCUCUAUACUUGUUUCUGACUCUGAGAUGCAGAAUUUGGUGUAGCCCAUGUUUGUGCUUGAUCAUGUAGCAUUUUUAUCCAUGUCAAGUGUGGUCAACGUUAACCCGAUGAAAUGAAUUAAAGCGGACUAAUGGGGCUGAGCCCUCUCUGACUGGCAGGGGUGGAAGCCAACGUUCCCUGCCUCUCAGCAGCUGGAUGAGGUCAGCAUUUCUAUUCAGCUUCAUUUAUUUUCAAGAAUAAUCACGCUUUCCUGAAUCCAAAUUAAUCCAUCACCAGAGUGGUUUGGUAGCUCAAUAUUGUGUUCCCUUUUCAGCUGAUCAGUGGGCCUCUAGGGAAGGGCUGUCAAAGUGGAGGCCAUUGUGUGAGACUGUCAGAGUUGUUGCAAGCAUGACCCCUUCUAAGCAAUGCACUUACAAGUCGCUGUUAUGCUGUGACACUCACCCCUCCCCCUCCAGGAGCCUUGGACCUGAUCCAACCAUCAUUUUGUUCACAGAGAAGAUGAGGGAGGAGGCAGUAAUAAAAGAUGGAGGUAAUUUUGCUGGAGUAAGUUCAAAUUAUUGAGAACUCAAACUGAGGAAUUUCACCUGUAGACCUGAGUCAUACAGAAAGCUGCCUGGUACAUCCAAAAGCUUUUAAUGCCUCCUGCUCAUAUUACUGUGAUUCUGCCCUUGGGAACAUUUUUUUAACCUCCAGUUAUGCUUUUGUUCUUAUUUUCAUACACUUAUUGGAACUUUUCUCAAUUUUUUUUUUUUUUGCCUCUUCCAGUUUUGCUGACACUUUACUACCAACCUGCUACAACUUUGUUUGCAUUUAAAACAGACACUGGCAUGGACAUAGUUUUACUUUUAAACUGUGUACAUAACUGAAAAUGUACUAUACAGCAUACUUUUUAAGUGUAAAGAUAUUUUUUAUCUUUAUGUGAGGAAAAUCACUUGGGAAAUGGCUUUGUGAUUCAGUCUGUAAACUGUGUAUCUCAAGACAUGUCUGUUUACUUUGAUGCUUAGUCCUUCAUGCAAAUCAAUUGCUGGGCCAAAAGAUUGCUGAAAUUUUAUAUGCUUACUGAUAUAUUUUACACUUUUUUAUUCUGCAUGUUCUGUAAAGAUUAUAAAUCUUCACAAUAAAAAUG